UCAUGGAUUCUCAAAGUGGGUUUACUCUCUCAUAUUUCGUUUAACAAUUUGAGCUAAAUUUCAAAAUGAUUGACGUUCUUGAUUCUGUUUUUUCAAUCCAGACAAGAACAAUAGUUGGGUUUUGCUUCCAAACAGCUUAUUUGGCAGUCACAUACAUGGAUCGAUUCCUUGUAGGGAAACCCAGUAUUGAUAGUAAAGAAUCCUGGGCAAUUCCAUUACUAUCUGUAGCAUGUCUUUCCUUGGCAGCAAAGAUGGAGGAAGUUAAUGUGCCAACACUAUCAGAUUACCAGGUUGAAGAAUACAGAUUUGAAAGCAAAGUGAUACAGAGAAUGGAACUAUUAGUACUAAAUAUAUUGGAGUGGAGAAUGUGCACAGUCACUCCUUUUCCUUUUAUUCACUAUUUCAUCUCCACAUUGUGCAAGGAAUCUCCAUCAACAAGUCAUGUACUAUCUAGAACUGUUGGAUUCAUUUUUGCCGUCAAAAAAGGGAGUGAUUUGAUUGAUCAUCAUCGAUCCGCCAUUGUCGCUUGUUCUGCCACAUUAAUGGCAUUGGAUCAGACACUAACAAGACCAGCAUUGGAGAUUAAGCUGAAUUCUGUUUCUUCUCAUUAUGAAGAAUCGCUUGAGAUUGAUAUUGAAUCGGUGGUUUCAUGUUACAGUCUGAUGCAGAAACUGGGCAUACAAGAGUUUGAAAAACUGCAUCUUUUGCCAUCCAAUUUGAGUCCAAUAGAAGUUGUAGAGAAUUCAUCGGUCUCGUUCGCGAUUAGUACUACAAGAAAAAGGCUUACGUUCUCUGAUUCCGAUCAAAUUGAUCGAUUACACGACGAGAAACGUUUGAGAUAGCUAAAAAGAUUAUCAGUUUUUACUUCAGAAAACAUGAUUUGGAUUCCAUUCAAAAUGUCUGAAAAGAAAAUUGAAGGAAGAAAAUAAAAGAGAGAAGAGAAAAGCAAGGCUUUGGAGUACACAUGAAAGGCAGGAAGAGAUCUUGAAAAGCAAGGCUUUUGGGUCUUGUUUUUCAAUUUUUGGCAUUCUUUAAUUUUUCUUUUUGUCCACUUUUUUUUUUUUUUUUUUUUUCUUCACCUUGUUUGAUGUCUCUUGCAACCCUACCUUUUGAUGGGAUGCUUGAAUGCUUUCUUUCUUGUGUGUUCUGAAAAAGGUUGAUAUAGAUAUGGUCUUAAGAGAGGGGGGAAAGACUAAAGAGGGGAAGCCCAUGUUUAUGUGAUUUGAUCCAUCUGUUUGGAUGUUGGCCAUCACCACACACAAAGUAUUGUAAAAGGGUGAAUGUGAUUUGGAUUUGUUUGAAUAUUUGGGGCUUGCU